UGAAAGGAGGAGGGUAGGAAGGGGCGUGAGAUUAUAAAACCGAGGAUCGCCGUAUGUCUUUUUGUACCUUCCACACAUUUAGUCCCAACCGCCCACGGCCACCAUCUGCUGCUCCCGAAGCAGAGGCUCAUACAACGGCGUCAAGCCUGGAGCUUUAAAGACAACAACGGGGUUUCCCGUUAAAAGCACCACGGUUCCUAAGACAUUGGAUUAGCUGAGUGAAUUUGAUCACUAAAGCUAAGACCACCGUUGUUGCCGCCAUCCACCAGUUGAAACAAAGUCACAAAAAUCAGGACAAAAUGGUGCAGAACAAGAUCACCGAAGUUACCGGAUUCCAUCGCUCUUUUAAGGGCCAAAACCCCUUUGAAUCUGAGGAAUUUUCCAAAACAGGAUCCCAUCUCAUUGAAUCUGCCUUCAAUUUUGAUUGUUCCGCCCGGCUUGACCUACCAUCCAGCCAGCCCAUCGACAUCCCAGAUGCCAAAAAGAGACACAAGAAGAAAAAGAGAUGCCGGGCAACGGACAGCUUCUCAGGGCGAUUUGAGGAUGUAUAUAAACUGCAAGAUGAGGUGCUAGGGGAAGGGGCCUAUGCCAGGGUCCAGACUUGCAUCAGCCAAAUCACCCACAAAGAAUAUGCUGUGAAGAUCAUUGAGAAGAGGCCAGGACACAGCAGGAGUCGGGUUUUCAGGGAGGUGGAAAUGCUGUACCAGUGUCAGGGCCACAGAAAUAUUCUGGAGCUAGUGGAGUUUUUUGAGGAGGAGGACAAGUUUUACCUUGUGUUUGAGAAGCUCAGAGGAGGCUCCGUCUUGGCCCACAUUCACAAGAGGAGAUACUUUAGCGAGCAGGAAGCCAGCAUUGUGGUGCAGGACAUUGCGAGUGCGCUGGACUUCCUUCACAAUAAAGGUAUGGCCCAUAGAGACCUGAAGCCUGAAAACAUCUUGUGUGAACACGAGCACAGGAUUUCGCCUGUGAAGAUUUGCGAUUUCGAUCUGGGCAGCGGAAUUAAACUCAACAGUGACAGUUCACCCAUCUCCACUCCAGAGCUCCUCACUCCAUGUGGAUCUGCCGAAUACAUGGCACCAGAAGUUGUGGAAGCCUUCAACGAGGAGGCCACAAUCUACGAUAAACGCUGUGAUCUGUGGAGCCUGGGCGUCAUCCUCUACAUCAUGCUGAGUGGUUACCCUCCCUUCGUGGGCCGUUGUGGAAGUGACUGUGGAUGGGAGAACGGAGAACCCUGUCAAGCAUGCCAGAACACCUUGUUUGAAAGCAUUCAGGAGGGCAAGUAUGAGUUUCCAGAGAAAGAGUGGGCUCAUAUUUCCUCCAGCGCCAAAGACCUCAUUUCCAAACUGCUUGUGCGGGACGCCAAGAAACGUCUCAGUGCCGCUCAGGUUCUCCAACACCCCUGGGUACAAGGGGGUGCCUUGGACUGUCCCCCCUCCUCAAUCCUGCCGCAAAGGAAUAGCAGCACUAAGGACCUGACAUUCUUUGCGGGCAAGGCUGUUGCUAUGAACCGGCAACUGGCCGAGCAAGACGACCUGGAAGAGCAGCAGCUUGACCCUCCUCAGGUCAUCACAGCCAGUGCCACGUCCAUGCGGCUCUCCCCUCCCUCCAACUCCAAACUGGCCAAGCGCAGACAGAGGAAUAGCCUGCUGAAAGGAGCACCAGUGUCUGCCUCUGAGCUCAGGCAGCUCCUGGCACCGCUGGUCAUUGUGGGGGACUGUGCUUGAUCGGUUGAGCUGGGCUCCCGUGAACAAUUUUCCAAUUUCAAAUGGACGAACGAACAAGUAUCUGCUAUCUUUUGUGCAAAUCCUUCUCCGUUUCUUCUACCCACUUGAAUGGGACCCAGUCCUUUCCUAAACCAUGGUUCAGUUUGUGCCUGUUGCAAAUCUAUUUAAUUCCCUUAAGCACUGGAGCAAGAACUCCUACAGCACUUUGAUCAACUUUCGACAGCAUGGGAAUCACCUUGAGAGCUCAAGGCGAAUGAACUGGACUCUGUUUAGGAUAGCGAUUGGGUUACAUAAGCCAUUUGGAAAUUUGUCUAAAGGUAGAGCAUAAAUACCAGCUCAAACACCAAAGGUCUAAUACCCCCACCCCCUACCCAAACCUUUUUGUGCUGCUUCCACGUUACAACUGGAUCCACUGUGAAUAUUCUCUGUGAGAGAUGCAACUGCAUUUGUUUUUCAGGAACGUUCUUCCUGUACGUAUGUCUGUUUGUGUGUGUGUGUGUGUGCGCAUAUAUCCCCCUCCCCUUCAGCAGAUACUGAAGAUACUGGUAUGUGCUUAUGCAACUCUGAUGAAGGCUAUUUUGACUUGCAUUACUUUAGCAGAGAUCUUGUAUAAGUGGAGCAAAGCUCUGAUAAUAGUGCCUCACCUUACUUAAUGCAUCGCUGUCCAUCCCCACAGCCUUUUAAUUCCGACAAGAAAAUCUCCUUACCAAUAGAAAUAGCUAUUUUUUUCCUCCAUUACUCAAGCACUUCCAGAGUGUGUCCUUCCAGUACCGUCUUGCAUCACUAAGCCAGAAUAUUCCAGAUAGUCUGCUUUUGAGGCAUGGUUUCCCCUAGGUAAAGAACCAGUAAACAUGCUGCAUUUUACUUUGAAUGCAAGGUUUCAGCCUUGCAAGACUCAAAUUGGAAUUGCAGUAUCAGAUGCAUCCAACCCGAUAUCUAGGAAACCAUAACAGUUUCCUGUAAAAUUCACCAAAAAUCUUAUCAGUAAUUGAUAAGAGUGAAUAUAAACAUUUCUGAGCACAACUGGGAUAAAGUGCAUGCUGGAAAGCAACCAGGUGGUUGCACAAGCACACGUUUACCAAUGUGAUUAGGUGAAUGACGAUGGUCUGUAUCCGGGAGUCGAGGUUUUGAACUUGUUCCCCACUUUAAGGGGGAUAAUUAUGGUACGGAAAUUUCAAACUAUCAGCUUGUGGAUACCACCAAAAGCGAAUUAUAUAAAUAUUAAGAGGGGAGGGAGAGAUUAUUUUCAAGUAACAUAAAACGUAAAAAAAAAAAAAAAAAAUGGAAAAAGCAUUCCAGGAAAAAAAAGGAUUCAAAAAAACUAAACAAAAAAAAAAAGUCUUCCAAGAAAAUGUAGCUGUAUGAGUGAAAUGGUCUAAGAAAGUUUACUUGUUUUUUUUUUUUUUUUUUUUUUUUUUAAUUUUAUUUUAUUUUUAUAUAUAUAUAUAUAUAUACGUUAAUGGUUGACUCCAAUUUAGAGUGUGCCACACUGAUGUUUCAAACUUUAUUGAGCUUUUUAACUUUUUAUUGAAAUGAUAUUUUCUAUCUUAUUUUUAUGCAGGUGCUGUUCAGGUGGAACGUUUUCCUUUUUUUUUUUUUUUUUUUUAUAGUUUUGUUACUUUAUUAAUGUUGAUUUAUAUGCUGUAAAGACCUAGAAGAGUAUGUGAAUGUGACUGGAGCUAGAGGGCUGAAAGGAAGGAAAAAAACAAAGGAAGGAAAAAAGAGAGGGAGUCAUAGUCCUACAGAUCUGAUGUUUUACUGUUUGUUCUUGCUUUGGAAGUGACUUCAGGGUUGUUUAAACUCCCCCUUUUCUCUCAGAAAUGAUUGGUGGCUUGAUCGUUUUAGUAAGACACAAUUUUUGCCAAAGUGCGCUCGUUUCUAAAAUCUAAUGCACUGAGGUAUCUGGGAGUGCUGAUCUCGGAUCAGUUUUAGCCUUUCCCAUGCCAAUUCAUAAGACACAGCAUACUUGGUUGAGCCGAGCACAGACCAUCAUUCCCUCUCCAAGGUGCAUAAAACAUUUAAACCCAGUAGUCUGGAUUCAGAUCAAGUCUUUAUGAAUUUUGCAAGCAUUAGCGUCACUUAUGGGAGUUCAAAUCGCCCAAGCAUAUGAUCCUGUUGAAUGUUUUCAGAGUGUCACCUGACAUGUUGCUCUGAGAUAUGAGAAACCUAAUGGCAGUCCUUAGUUUUGAAGGGCCCAUUAUGCUGAUUAUUAUGACACUGAUUGUAACCUUUAUUGAUUUUUGUCUUUCUUUCUUUAAGAAUCUUUUUACAGAUGCAUCUUUGUGGGGUUUUUAUGUCUUAUAGUAAGACUUGAAUUGUAUGUGCAACAGUUUCCUCAUGUUUUGUUCAGGAAACUUCUUUUGCUACAGUGUACAAAUGGCAAACAAAAAUGUUUAUAAGCUGAGAUUUAAAGCAAUCUUUGGUCUGGAAAGUACCAUUUCCGCCACUUCUGUUCAGUAUUUUGUCUUUCUCCUUGGCUUUGGUAUAUUUCAGAUUUCCCAAGUGUUUGGGUUUGUAUUUUCUGAAAUGUCUGUGGCGCUUGGCUGAUCCUUUGAAGCCCCUGUGCCUCUGACAAAAGAUUCACAACUGUUUUACCCAUAAGGUAGUUAUGGGUUGCCUUGUAGUAACAGAUCUGACUUGGAUUCUCAAGAAUAUAUAUAUAAAUAAAAUUUCUUUCAGGGGGGGAAAUGUAGAAAGUUCUCAUUCAAUGUUCCCGUUUUACACAGGCCAAUAUUUGCCAUUAUAAACAAGUGUUGUAAUAUGAAGUUGGUUUUUUUUUUUUUUUUUUUUUUUUUUUUUCCCUGCAAUGCAAAGAUUGGGAUAAAAGUAUUCAGGUGCACAAUUCUUUUUAUAUAUAUUAUUUUUGUUUUAUAAUCUAAUGUGACCCUCUAGUCUGAAGGCUAUUGUUUUUGCAGUGUUGUCAACAACACUCAUUAAGAGCACUGUUUGUCCGUUUCCAAAAUCCAAACUCUGUCCAAAUUAAUAAUUGGGGAAAAAUCUGACAUGGGGUCUCACCUGGGACAAUGUAGGUAUUGAUUUAAAGAAGCACUUUACUGUACCAUGUGGCUGACUGCAGUUCACUCAAAGCUAAAUUUAUGACUGUUGUGGCAGAAUUUUGUAUUGUUUUGUACAAAACAAACCAACAAAAAUGCAAUAAAAUGCUUUGAACAA